AUGGAAACAGAUAGCCAAAUGGCAUUUGACAGUAAAUUAAGUUUGGAGCGUACUGCCCAAGAAGUAGUUAAUGGGACUCCUUUGUCGCCGGCAACCCAAGAACGAUUCGAGAAGCUACUGGUUGAUAUUGAAUCGAAUAUUCGUAUUGCUAUGGAUGACGAACCUUGUAAUACAUCGCGUACAAUCAAAGUAGUGCUCGACAUACCACCCAGGAAACAGUGGAAAAAUGGACAUGGAUAUUGCGGUGAAACAUCGAUACAGGCAAUCGGACUUUAUUAUGGUUCAUGGGUAUCACAACAUAUCGUACGUCAAAUAUUUGGUGGGGAAGUACUCAUUGGUUUUGGUACUGAUAAACGAACGUUAAAAACUUUAUUAUUUACUUAUAAUGAAUGGAAUUAUAACAAAGAAAAACAACCCCAUUAUAAACAAUAUUGUGUAUGGUUAAAACAAAAUUUAAUUAAAAAGCAUCCAUGUAUAACAACUGUUUAUCUAAAAGAUGAUGACGACGAUAAGGAUUAUGAUCAUAUUAUGCCCGUAAUUGGAAUUGAAUAUCAGACUAAGGAUGCAUACGAUGGUAACGAUGUUCUUUAUUUUCAUAAUUUAUUUGACAAUAGAGUAAUUCAGCGACGUUUGGAUGCAAUGGGGAGUACGAGAAAGUCAUGUAAGAAAGAUUUAUAUGAGGGAGGAUGCAUACCUAAAGAUGUAGCAUAUGGUUUAGCAGUCACAGGCAUAAUAGAUAAUGAUCAUUCAACGUUACCGGUUCGAUUAAGUGUUAAUUCAUGGGAUGAACCUAAUAUAUCACGAGGGGCGAAGACGAAAUUACUGCAAGGCACAGUUGUUGUAUCGAAUCUUAGACCAAACCAAAAAUAUGUUCUAUUACGAUACGAUGACUACAAGGUUGUUCCAACAUCUGGAAAUGAAAGUAAAUUUUUAAAUUCAAAAUAUGAUUAUAGAUAUGACUUUCAAGCAAAUGGUGAUACUUGGACAUUUAAUGACCCAAAUGAUAUUCCCUCGAAUGGUACUAUAUACUAUCGUUGUGUUAAAUUUGUUUGA